GUCCUGAGUACAGUCAGUCUCCUCCGUAAUGGCGUCGCUAUCUCUCCGGUCUCUGUUGCGACGUGCUCCGUGUGCGCGCUUCCCGGUCGCCUCCUUCCACUCCAGCACGGGAUCUCUCCGUACUCGUGCUACUGAGCGUUCUCAGACGGGUCCGUCCGUUUCCUCAUCACACGACUCGACGUCGCCUCUAAUCAGUGUUCGGAACGCCGCCACCUCGCAUGGACAACUGGACGUGUUGCUGCCACUUCCGGGGGUAAAAGGCCUCACGCGGUUGGGACUGGAUGACGCGGGCGCAAGUGUCCAGGAUCUAAUUGAGGCGGUGCGACACGCCGAUGCCUCGUUAAAGGCCGUGGAAAUAGCGACACCCGACGGCACCAAGCUUGCUCGCACUGUGCGCUUGGGCGAGCUCACGUCCAUGGCCUUUUGCCUGAGACUGAACCACGUGAACGUGCUGGUUGAGAGCGAUGUCGCUGCCAUGGACGACCGGAAGGCCAGAGAGGAGAGUGUGGCCUUUGCGACUGUUAAGGCGGAGAUCGAGAGGGACUCCCGACUCAUUUUGCCGCUACACGAGUUCUACCGCAUGUGUCACAAUGCCGGAGCGGAGGAGAAGGUGGCGACCAAAUGGCUUCGGGAACUGCAACGUCGGAACCUCGUGGUGCACUUUGAUCGGUCUCGAAAUCCUCAAUUAGAGAACGCGAGCUCGGAGAGUGUGCUGACGCUACAGAACGCGCUGGACUCGGAGCUGUACAACAUCAAACACGACCGCCGAGUGAAAGAACGCCAAUUGUCCGAGCUGAACAGCAAACUCAAGAAGCUGCAGCAAGUGGAGAACGAGGUGCACGUGGCUGCUCGUCGCAUGCCAAAUGCUCAGAAAUGGGUCGGACUUACGGGUCUCACGGGUUUCUACGGCGCACUCAUGUACUGCGUGUGGGACGUGUACUCAUGGGACGUCAUGGAGCCUAUCACGUACUUCAUCGGCUUCACGGCGGUGCUAGGCAACUCGUUCUACUCCAGCAUCACCAAGAAGGACCCAACGUACAGUAACAUGUGGCAGAAGCGAUACGCAGAUCGCGUGGAGAUGCUCAGCAAGCAACGCAAACUCGACCCGGUUGAGCUCAAGAAGCUCAAGGCUUGCAUCGCGGACCUCGAGAACGACGUCACGUUGCUCUCGCAUCAGGCAUAUCGCACUUUAGAGAACGACAAAAAGAUCCAAGCGACCAUGGCGGCGAACCAGAGCAUCAAGGAGCUGAUGGCGGCCGAGACUAAGGCCUCCAAGAUCAUCAGCGAGGCACGUCAAGAACGCGGUGAGCGACUUAAGCAGGCGAAACUGGAGGCGGAGGCGGAGAUCACAGCCUACCGCAAGCAAAUGGAGCGCUCGUUCCAGAUGAAUGGCAACACUGACCUUAUGGGAGACGACCCGAGCAUUCUGGAGGAGGAAACCCAGCGCGACAUCAAGAAAAUGCAGGCGGAGUUCCAGCAGAACAAACAGUCGGUCAUCACCAUGAUGGGGCAGCAUGCUGUUCGUGUGCAACUUCGCGUACCUGAGGCGCGUAAAGUUUAGUUGGAAGGAGUCAGGUGGACGUGGAAAAAGUCGGAGCUACAUAUAUUUGAGGACUUUGAGCAGUAACCAAUAGCUGCCUCCUUGUUGAAGCACAAGACACUU